ACAACAGUGAGCUGUUUUGGCGGUUCUGGCAAACUUCUCCCUUUUCUUUCCUCGCAGUCAUUUUUGUUACAUUUCCAGCUCCAAGGAAGAAGAUAGAGAGAGAUGGAGGAAGAGGGCAUAGGGUUGGUACUGGCCAGGGCCACAGAGCUACGACUAAAGAUCGGGAACUGCAUCCACAAGGCAAGCUCUCCUCGCAAAGUUCAAGAUGACCCAUUACUGCAAAAAGAGAAUGGAGUCCACAGCGGAGGGUUUGAAGAAGAAGGAGAAGAGGAAGAGCUAGAGAAAGAAGAAGAAGAAGAAGAAGAAGCACAGAGGCUUUUGAAUAUUUGCGAUGCCCUUGAAUCCCUUGAGACCCAGCUCUCGUCUUUACAGGCUUUGCAACAGCAGCAGCGGUAUGAAAGGGAAGUUGCCCUUACUGAGAUUGAGCAGAGCCGCAAGGCAUUGCUUGGUAAGCUGAAGGAAUACAAGGGGGAGGAGUUGGAAGUUAUAAAUGAGGCUUCUGCUUUUGCUGGUGAAACUGUUGAACAGAACAAUGAUCUUUUGCUUCCUCCUUAUCCAAGUCGCCCUCCACACUCCAUCUGCAGAGAAAAUGGCUAUUUGCCACACUUCCCGUCCAUGCACAAGCUUGUUCGAAAUGGGGUAGUGUCUGUUGAUCCAGCAAAUACAGGAAAGAAGAACACAAGUGAUUCUGAGCAGAAUAAGAAUUCAAGAGGGCUUGGGUUCUUUUUAGGUGCAGCAGCCAAAACUGUUUUCACUAUUGUGGGUGUGGUAUCUAUGUUGAGUCUCUCUGGUUUUGGGCCUAAAUUUUUCAAAAGAGACACCUCUUUGAAGCUUUUGGGCUCUUUCCAUCAGCCAGUGACUGAAGAAAAAAGAUCAAGCGCUGAUUGCCCCCCUGGGAGAAUCUUAGUGGUGGAAAAUGGGGAGGCUCGUUGCCUUGUCAAAGAGAGAGUUGAAGUCCCAUUUUCCUCCGCCGCUGCCAAACCAGAUGUAAACUAUGGAUGUGGUUAAGUAUGCUUUUGCGUUCAUUUUUUCUUCUUCUUUCCCCUAUGUAUAUCUUUUGUUACUUUUAUGAUGAGUUGUGUAGUCAAGAAAUUUUUGAAGGGUCAAGGGAAGGGCUGUCAUAAUUUUUAUUUCAAACGUAGUGGUAAUUUCUAGCA